CUGCAAGCUAGAUAAAUCAUUCAGUGGGUCCAGGUGCCUCCACCAAUUUCAACCCCAAAGUCCGCGAAUUUUCUUUCCCAUUGCACGACAGCUGCGUCGACACAUUCCGUAAUCCGCAACACCAGCAAUCAUGGCGCCGCUCUCCUACUCCAAGACGGCCAAGGUGCCCAGAAGACCCUUCGAAGCCGCUCGUCUCGACUCCGAGUUGAAGCUCGUCGGCGAGUAUGGUCUGAAGAACAAGCGUGAGGUCUGGCGUGUCCAGCUCACCCUGUCCAAGAUUCGUCGUGCUGCCCGUCAGCUGCUCACCCUCGACGAGAAGGACCCCAAGCGUCUCUUCGAAGGAAACGCCCUGAUUCGCCGUCUCGUGCGUGUCGGUGUGCUCGACGAGUCCCGCAUGAAGCUCGAUUACGUGCUCGCCCUCAAGGUCGAGGAUUUCCUUGAGCGUCGCCUCCAGACUUGUGUCUACAAGCUCGGCCUCGCCAAGUCCAUCCACCACGCUCGUGUCCUCAUCCGCCAGCGCCACAUCCGUGUCGGCAAGCAGAUCGUCAACGUGCCCUCUUUCAUCGUCCGUCUCGACUCCCAGAAGCACAUCGACUUCUCCCUGACCUCGCCCUUCGGUGGUGGCCGUCCCGGCCGUGUCCGCAGAAAGAAGGCCAAGGCCGCCGAGGGUGGCAGCGGCGAUGCUGAGGAGGAGGAGGAGGAGUAGAUUAUACCCACGCUCUCCUACUAAGGUCUCUUUCCGAUGGAAUGAAAAAAAAUGCAUUUGGGCUUGGGCAGCUAGGUUUGCUGGUCACGGAAACGGAAACGGAGUUUUGCGUCAUCGAUCAAGGCAUGCGAUGUGACGCCAUCAGGUCAAUGGAAUAAAUGAAUGACAAGACACGUUUCUUCCCACACAUCGUGACAGUAUUGUAUCACUGCUUUCCUGUGCACACACCAAUUCGUACGGGAGCCUCCAGUUGUCCCUGGCCUCAGCUCUUGCUUGGGCACUUGGUCGCUGCUCAACCUCCUACGCAAGAACCUUCACAAGUAUGGUCUAACCAUAAUGGACAAUCGCCCAUUGAGAUGUUUCUGUGACAUAGUACUACGGGGAAACCUGCGGGGCACGUCCGCCUCGCGUGGGAAGCAUGGUUGAAGGCCCUCGUGGAAUGACCUGGUGUAGCAUAAAUGGAAACAAAGUACUGAA